AUGGUGACUUUUUGGCUGCUUUUCUGCCGUCCGCUUGUUUUGCCGUUUGUUGAAAACAAGCGUACAGUUUCGUUCGAUCCGUACGAGGCUGCGAGGCUGACCCCCGGCUGUGACGAUCUCCAAAUGCCUGAUAACGCCCCCAACCGCGGCGAUGAUGAUGAUGCUGUUAGCUCGGAUGACGGAUACAGUGAGGAAGAAGACCUACUUAUCAUAGGGCUAGCUGUAAAGACCCUUGAAUCGCAAGGGAACAAAAAAAGGCUGCAUUUCCCUACUGUUUUUGAUCGCCGAGAGAUCGUCAACCCCGGCGGGUCGGCUGCAGCAGAGGAAUUCGGUCAGAAGCUGCUGACGGGCCACGAGAGGAGAUUUGUGGAGGAGCUUCGGGUCACGAAGGUCCAAUUCUAUCAAUUAGCUGACUGGAUCAGUGUAAACACAAGCAUGAAGGGAUCUAGCCGGCAAAGCUUACAUCUGAAGCUGAUGAUCUUCCUGUAUGUCAUCGGUCAGGGCUGCACGCAGCGGGCGGCGGCACAUCACUUCGGCGUCUCUCAAAGCUCUGUAUCUCGGAUAAUGGCGACAGGUCUCGAAGCGUUUGCCGACAUCCACAGGACAUUUGUUGUCCAACCGGAGCCAACAGAGGUGUGCCACGAGCCUAUAACCAAGCCCAAAUGUCAGUAUUUCUUCGGUUGUAUCGGUGCUGUAGAUGGUACUCACAUAGCGGCUUGGGUCCCUGAAGAAGGUCAAAGGAAGUGGUACAACAGAAAGUCCCUGAUAACUCAGAAUGUCCUCUGUGCCGUCCGCCUUGACGGGACUUUCUCGUACGUCCUUGCCGGCUGCGAGGGAUCAGUCAACGACGCCUCCCUGUUGCGGCAUGCUCGGUCGAAGAGCCUGAAAUUGUAUGCCGAUAGAUUCUAUGUUGGGGAUGCCGGCUUCGGUGCCUGUACAGGACUUCUAGUCCCCUAUAUUGGCAUCAGAUAUCAUCUUAACGACUGGAAGGUGUCGCUGGAAGGACCUCAAAAUAAGGAAGAACUGUACAACCUGCGCCACUCACGACUGCGAAUCAUCGUCGAGCUGACCUUCGGUCGGGUCAAGAGGAAAUUUCGAAUAAUGCGUUCUUCGCCGCCUGAAUAUGAUAUAUAUAAACAGAUCCUGAUUGUAUAUGCCUGUACAGGCCUGUGGAAUUUCCUGAAGUCGUUAGAAGAAAAGCCGGCGUUGAAUAAGGCACAAGAGGAAUACCUACAGUCGAUGACUGCUUGGGCACGAGAUAAUCUCCCCAGCGACCCUGAGGUUUUGAGAGAUGAGAUCGCGAUAGAUCAGUGGGAAGAGCAUUUGGCGUAUAUUGAAGAAAUGAGGCAAUAUAAUAAUGCUAUUCUCCAAAGGAAGCACGAGAAGCAUCUUGGUGAUGAGGAAUGGAAGGCAGCGAGGCAUUUCCGGCUCGAAAGGUGA